UUGUAAGUUUUUUCCGGAAGUCGAAGUGAGUGUUUCCGGUACGCGUGGCCGCCCCUGUGACAGCUGCUGAGCGAGACAAGCCAAGAUGAUUUCCCUCACCGACUCCCAGAAAAUUGGAAUGGGGCUAACAGGAUUUGGUGUAUUCUUUCUGUUUUUUGGGAUGAUCCUGUUUUUCGAUAAAGCUCUCCUUGCCAUAGGAAAUAUCCUUUUUGUUGUGGGCCUGGCGUUUGUAAUCGGGCUGGAGAGGACCUUCAGGUUCUUCUUUCAGAAGCACAAAAUGAAAGCCACCAGCUUCUUCCUCGGAGGCGUCUUUAUAGUGCUGAUCGGAUGGCCCAUCAUUGGAGUGAUUCUAGAGUUUUAUGGCUUCUUUCUAUUAUUCAGGUAUUUUGUUUUUAAAGAAAUAGGAAGCUCUUAACCAGGUAAACUAUACAGCUACAUAACUAGUAGCUCUAGAUGAUGCUGAUACAGUGGAUAUAGAUAUUAUCUACACUGAUACAGAUAAACUACACAUUUUACAAGUAAAAAAGAGAAAAUUAAAUGAACACUUAUUUUACACAAUAGUAAGUAUUACGAUUAUAUUAUUUAAAAAAUAAAAUGUACAUUAUUCUUGAAAUCUGUUGGUAGAUUUUGGAACUAAAAAAAAAAGACUAACAUUUCAGAUCAAUAAUCUCAAAAGGAUCCCAGUAUUUUCUAAUAUCAGUCUAUAUCUACACUCUAAUGGCUUCUGUUC